UGGUUUCUCUGCUCUCCACGGCAUGCUGGUGUAGGUUCGGUACGAUUUGCUACGCGACGAACGGUGAACGAGCGGCCGUGGUGUGGAUGGACGGCGGAAAGCAGAAAGCACAGCAGCAGCAGCACUGCCAGGCCAGGCCAGGAGGGAAACAUUGCGAAGAAGUUGAGUUGAAUCGGGAUGUCGUCGUCGUCACCGAGUCGAGGCCGAGCGAGAAGAACGACGGGGGAGUGUGUGAGUGAGUGAGCGCGCGGCAGAGCCAGCAGCAGUGAAGUGAGAGCCCCGACCGACCGAGUGCGAUUUGAUGUUCGGAAAAAGAAAAUGGCCGCCGUCGCGUGUGUGUACAUCUCACAGCAGCACUCAGGCACUUGGGUAGCGCUCCUCUUGGCAUAGACGGUUUUUGUUUUUCCACGUAAUUUUUCACCUUCUAAGCGCGGUUCAUCGACACGACAGCAGAGGGCGCGAGCUAGAAGAUUUGGCGGAGAUUUUGUGCGUAUCUGCUGGUGAUAUUUCGCGUGUGUAAUCCGGAACUGGCCACGGAACGUGAGUUUUACGCGCUGUGUGUGGUGGAUGAGAACUGGGAGACCCUGGAAGUGACUGACGACGUCGUGUGGUUCAGAGCCAGCCGCAUCCGGAAGGCUCCGCGGAGUGUUUCGACAGCAGUGUUUUAUUCGCUCGGUUCCUCUUCCUUUCACGAGUGAAGACGUUUCAUCAUCGGCAGCGCAAGAGAAGAAUAUUUUCAUAUUUUCGGUGCUUUUGGUUCGAUUUUUCAUAAUCCACAAUAAAUCCGCGAGAAACCGAACGUGAUUAGUCGGGUUGUCCCCGGUUGUGUGUCAUGUGAAGGGGUUUGAAGGGAAGGAAGAAGAAGAACCCAACAACAACAACUACAAUAGCAACAACAGCAGUAGUAGCAGCAGAGUAGCAAGCAGAAGAAGAAAAGAGGCGAAAUUUCUGUGCGGAUCUAUUGCAUGAUCCGGAGGAUGAAGUGCAGAAGGUGAUUCCGGGCGGUUUUCUUCUUUAUUUCGUUGUUGCAAUUUACGGAAACAAUCGCACACGUUUCGCGGAGAGGGAAGAUGUGCCCUUCCAGGCCGCAUCGAUGAAACGCAGCAGUGAUUGUGCAACAGGGAUGUGUAUAUAAAAUUCUGUAAAUAAAUGUGUAUGGUACGAAGCUCCCGUAAGAAGAAAGUUGAUAAAAGUGAAAUUUAGUUAGUUUUCUAAACAUAGUAGCUAUGACGUACUGAUGUAAAAAGUAAAGUGAAUUACGCCCCAUUGAUUGUGUAAGUGGUGAAUGUGAAAAGCAAAAUCAGUCUUAAUGAAGAGAAGAAAAAAAAUCUGCUGUUUUUAGUGAUAAAAAAAGAAAAAUCUGCACAUGAAGAGUGUGGCAAAUUGGCAUAAGCAUAAGUCGCGUCACAGCAGAAGGUUUACAGGAAAAUAUUUCCCUCAAAGUGAAGAUGAUUGAAGCUCGCGAGUGUCAAAGUUUUGACAGCCGAGCUUGAAUGAAGGGAAAAGUGGUGAAGAGAAAAAUAAUCAUACUUCGACGCAUCAAGAAAGAGAAGCAAAAAAUCCGACGAAGAAGAAGAGCGAAAUUGCAUUUCAAUCAAUCAACUGUGUGAACAACUGAGGAAAAUUAUGCUGACUUCGGAAUGAGAUGGAAGCGGCUAUUCGUUCUGUGCAGCAGGUUGGGCCACCAGGCCAGAGGGCCGACACUGGCCCUUCGCCGCAGCCUCCUCCAACGAUGUCAUUUCAGCAACGUGUACCACCCGGUGCUGCGCAAAUUCAUAGAUCUGUUGACCCGGCCCAAAGCUAUAGCAAAGGAGGCCCUACCCCAUCGCAAUCCGCCCCUAGAUCGGCAGCUAGUCCUCUCUCGCCACCCCGACCCGGUCCGGGAGCGGGAGCUGCGAAUUAUCCACCAUUUGCAGGAGCACCAGCGCGCGAGGCACCGCUCAGAUAUGUGCAAACAAACUCCUACUACCGGGAGAACCCCUACACCCGCGUGUCACAGGUACCACAGGUUCCGGAGUACCAUCGACAGGUACCGGUGGUUUCGGUAUCGAGUAGUAUACCUGCACCUAUUAGUAUAGCAAAUUCCAUGGAGCAGCCAGUACAACAACAAUCAACCCGACCCCGAAUGUCCCUGCUAGCCCAUAAUCCUGAUUACCUGCAGGCACGAUCCGCGCAGCAACCACCGCCGGCACCGUCGGACACCGGACCACCUGCAUUUAAAAAGAUUCGUUUAAACGAAAACAGUCAACCUGCGCAAUCCCUCCUGAAUGUUGAUACACGUGAUCCACCGGUGUCAUCCGGUGCGUAUCAUCCUCAGGUGGAGGCGAUCUCACCAACGCUGCCAAGUGAUCCGACCGAGGAGCUCCGGGCCACCAAGGAUGAUCUGUUACAACAGAUUGCCAAGGUGGACGUGGAGAUCGACAAGACGGAGAAGAAGAUCGCCAUGCUGAAAAAGAAGCAGGAAACGCUUGAAGAGGCUUCAGCGAAACCGCCCGUCGAUGAGACGACCGCUGAGGCUCAGCCCAAGCACCGCAGCUUAGCGCAGCAAAUCUACGCCGAAAAUCGAAAACGAGCGUCGAACGCUCACGCUGUACUGAGUGCGCUUGGCACUGCCACCGAUCUGCCCCUGUACAAUCAGCCGUCCGAUGCGGAAAGUUGUCGCGAAAUCCAGGAACGACACAAAACGUUCCGACAGCGACUGUUACUGCAUUUCAAGAAGAUAAAAUCCGAGCGGGCGGCGAAACAGAUCGAACUGACUGAACGAUACGCGCAGUUAUCACAAGACUGGUCCAAACGUGUAGAUAAGAUGGAAGCUAGUGCAAAGCGGAAAGCGAAGGAAGCGAAAAACCGGGAGUUUUUCGAGAAGGUGUUUCCCGAGCUUCGAAAGCAGAGGGAGGAUAAAGAGCGAUUUAAUCGUGUAGGUUCUAGGAUUAAAUCCGAAGCCGAUCUUGAAGAAAUCAUGGAUGGUCUUCAGGAGCAGGCGAUGGAGGAUAAAAAAAUGCGUUCAUAUGCUGUGAUUCCACCUUUAAUGUUAGACUCCAGACAAAGAAGGCUAGUGUUUAAUAAUGAAAAUGGAGCGCUAAUAGAUAUGGAAACAGAAUUCAAGGAACGGUUAAAUUUAAAUAUGUGGACGGCUGGCGAGAAGGAAGUUUUUCGGGAGAAAUUUUUGCAACAUCCGAAAAAUUUCGGCAUGAUUGCAGCCAGCUUGGAUAGGAAAAGUGCGCAGGAUUGUGUGCGAUAUUACUACCUCAGUAAAAAGGCGGAAAACUAUAAGCAGUUGUUACGAAAGUCUAGGCAGCGGACGCGAAGUUCGAGGAAUAUGCAGAAAUCCAAUCAAAACCCGACGCAGUGCAUAGUAGAUGCACUAACAACUGGUGUUACAACAAGACUACAACGUGAACAACAACAAAAGACUGUAGGCCGUGAUCGUGCCGCGAAUUCAACAAAUAGUUCAAUAGGAAAUAGUUCGGCAUCUAAUGUCUCAACAAAUUCAUCUUCAAAUAAUACUAAUAACAAUAAAAGUAGUAGUAAAAGUAAUAGCUGUAGUGCAGGUAGUAUUAACACGACUCCGGCUGUAUGUAGUAGUGCAUCAACAACAAACACAACUGCUACGGUAUCGUCUGUAGCGACAGCACCAGUAACCAGUACGGUAACGACAUCUGCAGCAUCUCCUCCACUGGCAGCCGCCGCUACAGUGUCCUCUGCCAGCGCCGCCACGACGACGUCAACAACUGCGACUAGUAUAAGUAGUAUAACGAGCACUACAAGUAGCAGCAGUAGCAGUAGCGGUAGUAUCAACAGCACUACGAAUGAAAGCAGUAGUACAUCGAAUGUAAAUUCCACGCUUCCGGGUCCUGCAGAGGGUACCGAAGCGAACGUGAAGGAAGAGACUGAACAGGAGAAAGAAGCAGCUGGUUCUGAAUCGUCUCCAUCGGCUCUGUCUGUCACUACAACUGCUUCUACUACGGAAAGUAACAGUACUACCGCUACUUCGACAACUGCCCCUGUGUCAACAAGUCCAGCACCAGCAAACGCAACUCCAUCGCGAAGUGCAACACCUUCAACCGUAGUUCCAUCACCUUCUUCUUCUGCAUCAACUACUGCAACUAGUAUAUCUGUGGUUCCGUCGAGUACAAGCGCGCCUACUAUGACCCUGUCUAGUAUCUCAUCGAACGCAACGCCUUCUUCGGUCUCCUCGAGUACCAUCAGCAGCAGUAGUAGUAGUAGCACUUUGGUCCCAGCAGUGAGUGUGGCUGUGUCCAGCAGCAGCAACAGCAGUAGUAAUUGUGCAAACAGUAGUACUAGCACUGGUAAUAGCAAUGCCAGUAACAACAAUAACAGCGGUAAUCUGUCGAAUGUGUCUGCUGUGGAAACGUCAUUUGUACCUAACCCUAGCCCUAGUAUAUCUGCAAUUCCGCUGAACGGUGUAAAAACGGACGUACUAAACUCAACAACGGCGACGACGGUAACAUCCGUGCCGGCGCCGCUGAACAACAGUAGCUACAGCAGUAACAACAACGUUAAUGCCAGUGUAAAUAGCAUCAUCUCCACAAUGCCUAGUUCCGUCACUGGGGGAGUCGGUGGCGGAAUCACUUUGGCCCAUGGCGGGUCGGUACCAGUUACGCUUACGGCAGCUGCCCCGGGUGGCGGAAUCAUUUCGUCCUCGACGUUGGUCCCCAGCUCACAGCCACAGUCAACGCAUUUACAACCGCUGCCACAUCCGAAUGCUGUGAUGUUCAACAACAAUACAAGCACCCCGAAGAACUCGACGACGGCCACUUCGCUGGCCGAUAUCAUCAUAAAGGAUAUAACGCUGGGAUCGGUGGUGGCCAGUGUAGUCAACAGUAAACUUGGCGUGAAGGAUAACCUGCUCAAGGAUGACCUGGAGCCGAGCGACGCGAAAAAACGGCGGAUCGAUUUGGACGGAUCAAGGGACGACGGCAUCGCACAUGACGGCAAAGACAAGGGUGGCGCACUGCACUCCUGUUUCGUGUGUAAGGCCGAGAUGUGUCCUCGUACACGCCCGCUCGAACGCGGCCGGGGUAUGCAGUACGGCAUACCGGAAGAGGCGAUACCGCCGGGGGCACGUGUUUGCAAUACGUGCCAAUGCAAGUCGGUGAAAUCUAGGUACGACUCGCAAUAUUACUCUCCCUCCGCAUUUGCACAGGGCUUAAUAUUGAACGAUCAAUCCGUCCAUUCUAGAUACACGCACUGUCCCUUGCCGACCUGUCCAAAUCCGAAAGACAGAGUGAAACGAUUCCGAAAUCUUCCACCGCGUCUCUUCGAGCUCUCGCCGGAGAUUCGCGACCCAAUCAUUCAAGAGUUGCAAAUUCCGCCAAACGUGACGAAAUGUUGUUCCGCCUGUCUGACUCGCAUCCGUCGCAAAAUGGGUCCCCAUUUGCUAGGAACGAAUCUUACCGAUGACGAAGUGACACGACUGAAAAAGCUGCUGCAGGAUGUUGGACCUAAGUGGAACCAACUGGCAGAAACGCUGAACAAGACUCCGGUCGCCCUGAAGAGUUUUUACUUCCAUUACAAGAAGAAAUAUGGCUUCGACUUGGCGGUAACGGAGUACUACAAGCUGCAUCCCGGUGAAGAUCGGCGUCCUGCAAUGACCGAUGGCGAUGAGUCCGAUAUGAGCGCUUCCUCAUCUGACGAACGAGACGGAAGUAGUGAUACAACGGCAUCUGCCGAGAGUCCGAACAACUCAGUUCCGCUGAAUGUUACAAAGGAGGAGAUUAUCAAUGUUCCUGAAACGUUGGCGCCACCCCCUCUGACGAAGAACUUCGAAGAUGAUCGAUUACUACCGCCCGGGCAGCCGCCUAGGAAGCAGAAGCUCACAGAAGAGUAUGACAGCUCGGCAACGGAAACAGCUGAUGAGGAAAAUGAAACUUCCCCGGCGAACCGCCAGAGUCCCAAAGUUCACUAUCCACCGCAUGGUGGAGCGAAUCCCAUCAUCUCUGUACACCAUCCUCCCUUACAAAACGGGCCCCGUGGUAACGACGUUAGCUCACCUCAAAACGUACGGGACGUGAUGCUGAAUGUGAUAGAAAGAUCUCUAAAAUCUAAUAGUAUGAUGCCCGGGUCAGCAAAGUCAAUGAAUUUCCCACAACGAGAAUAUCGAGAUUUGUCGAAGGGUUUACCCAAUCGAUCUUCCUCCGGAGAAAUGGCAACACUUUCGGUGGUGAAUUCCCAUCCUCAAGGUCAACCAACGCAGAUCAUUAGUCAUCAUACUCAUCCGAUCAGUUCCCAAAUACAAGCUACUAUUACACCAGUGCCCCAGCAGCAACAGCAGUCACAGCAACAACAACAGCAACCUCCGCAAUUAUUGGCACCGACGCAACAAAUACAACCUCCUAUGCAACAACAGCAACAGACGCCGCAGCAACCACAAGCUCAGCCUGAUCAGCUCUCCCAUCAGCCGUCCCAACAAUCGGCGCCCAGCUCGAGUGCUCAGGAGAACAACAUGGUGUUCCGCUUGCAGCACGAAACGCUCGAUCUCAGCAUCAAGAAGCCACAGAGAGAUAACUUUCCUCCACCAGCGCAUAACAGCAAGUUACCCAGUGCCCCACCGUCACUCAAACAUCAUCCGAGCAACAUAAGCACAGUUACUCUGUUUCGCACGGAUCGUCCGGAGCCCUAUCCGCCGCCAAGUAAUCAGCAACCUCCGAACAUUCCAACGUUUGGUCCCUACGGACCUUAUUACAGCGACGCAGCGGGCCGUUCAUCGAAGCUACCUUCCGGCUACUCAAAUAUGCCCGGAGGUCCACCGGUCGGCUUAAACCAAGGUUCCGGCGGUCCUCCGAAUGCUGCUCCGUCCAUUAUCGGGCGGGGUCAAAUACAACAACAAACGAUCUCGUUGACGCCACCUCCUACGAAGAAGCAGAAUGCUCCCAAGUUGAGCCCCAAAAUGACGCAUCAAGUGCAAUCGGCCAUGCAACAACCUCCGUCGCAGUCCACCGGACCAAAGGGUUCGAUCACCCACGGCACCCCGGUAAAUGCUGCUGGCCAACAAAUCAUAGUCCAAGGCCAAACUACGCUUAGUCCUCGCUAUGAAAAUAUGCUUCGGCAGACCCCGCCCUCGUCGAACGACAAGCUCGGAUCCAUCACCCAAGGAACACCGGUCCACGUGUCCGCGCAUACUCUGCCGGACAAACGGCCCACAUACGAAUUCAAGUCCUACAACAACCGACAAAGUCCGGCACAAGUGUCUCAGCCGCCGCCGCAAGGAAGCCCCCAGGCGCCUCAGUUUGCGUACGGCCGAAAUGCCCCGCCCUUUUCCCUGGAACCGCAGCAACUCAGUUCCCGGCAGAUCAUCAUGAACGACUACAUAACGUCGCAGCAAAUGCACGGCCAAGCCCAAGGCCGGAACUCGGUCGGAACCGGAGGCCGGCCCGAAAAAGAAUCUCCAUCCCCGCGGAGCGCUCCCAAUGUGGUGAACUCGUCGGCUGCUUUACUGUACGCCGCCGAACGGGACCGCAACGCCAGGCCAGAGUAUCUGAACCGGGCGUCGUCCGCCGAUCACGUCAACAGGGUUUCUCCUGUUUUCAGCACCCCUAGUCCGCACAGGACUCCGCCGCCGCCGCAGAGACAGGGCGUCAUCCAGAGGCACAACACGGUCGGAGGCAGUGGCAACGCUGGCGGUGGCGCCGGGUCCAAGCCGCCCAGUCCGGCGCCGAAUCGUUUGCAUCUUGUCCCGCCAUCACAUCACUACAUGCAAGGACACGAUGCAUUCGCUUCGCUAGUUGACUUAGCCGUCCAGCAACAGCCAAUGACGGUUCCGCACAAGGACGACAAGCGACCAUCGAUCGUCGAACAGCAACCGGCCCCUCCGCCGCCAACGCACCACGACAUUCGGUAUCACCCGACCAUGAUCCAGAUCCACCACCAGCAGCAGCAACAGCAGCAACAACAUCAAGCUGCCGCGGCUGCUGCUGCAGCAGCGGCGGUCCAACAGCAGCACCAGGCAGCAGCGGCCGCCGCAGUAGCGCAACAACAACAGCACGCAGCAGCGGUGGCAGCCCAGCAACAACACGCUGCAGCAGUUCAGCAGCAACAGCAUCUACAAAGACAGCAGCAGCUGGACCUACAACGUCGACAGCAGCCUCAGCUGCAUCCCUCGUUGCAACACCCGUCGGUGGCGGCCUAUCGGGAACAGCAGAUGGAGCGGGAUCGAGAAAUCGUGAACUAUCGAGAACGUUUUGAACGGGAACGAAACAUCCACGCCGAACGCGAGCGCUCGAUCAUGGUCGAGAGGGAACGAGAACGGCAGUUGGAACGUGAGCGGGAGCGAGAGCGUGAACAACGCGAAAGGGAACGAGAGCGUGAGCAACGGGAACGAGAGCAGAGGGAACAGCGGGAUCGUGAGCAACGUGACCGGGAGCAACGCGACAGGCAACAACGCGAACGGGACCGGGAACGGUUGGCUCACCAGGAAGAAGAGGAACGUCGCCGGAAGCACUACGAAAUGAUCAAUGAACGGAUGGAAAGUUUGCCAUUUCGUUACAGGCCCAUGGAGCCAGGGAUGGGAAUGCGACCAUCGUCGGAGGGCCCGCUGACCGCGGCCAAUCUGAUUGAUGCGAUAAUUACCCAUCAGAUCAAUCAGACGGCGUCGGAACCACCGCUGCCUCCCAGCCGCGAUCUGCACCGUGCUUCUUAUUAUCCCUCCCGAGAUCAUCGUCCACCGCCGAUCAGUGAAAACAACGGGAAAUCUCAUUCGCCAAACGUGAUAAACAUCGACGUCGACUCGGAACCGACCCGGAAGAACAUAACGCUCGGCGAGUUGACUGAAACCAUCAUCACCAAGGACUAUUCCCCGGCUCCGAACCCGUUCCUGCAAAUGCGUCCGAUAAUGGCCAUGGAUCCCUCCAUGAUCCCCGCAUCGGAAGCCUGGAAAUACCGACGGAUGCCACCGAGUAAAGAAGACCAGGGUCCCCAUGGCCAACCCCCGCAGUCUCCCUCGCAACAACCAGUGCAAUUGCAAGUGCAACAAUCGCAAGGUCCACCGGGUCACCAGUACGUACAACCGGGCAGUAAAGGUCCCGGGAGAUCGACCCCGGAUGACCGCCACAUUAUACGGAUGGCACAAUCUCCUGGCGUGCGAAAUAAGUUCCACGAAUCGGUGUCACCUGAUACUCAAUUCUUUCAUCCCGCUGCGCCACUUACCCGAUCUCGGGAUUUUGCCUUAGACUGCUACGUCAAGAGCCGAAUAGUGGAGGCAAUGCGAACUGAGGACGACAAGCGGGCCGAUGACGGAAGAGACCACCAGUCACCAAGGAAUCCUUCGCCAGCCCAGCACGGCCAUGGACCGCCAUCCCAAGGUCACCACAACAAAGAUCUCGAUCGUAGUACAACUCCAGGUGACAUGCUAAUCGACGACGAAACCGGACGGCCUGCUUCCGGAGGUAACCCACAUCGACCUCCAUCGUCAUCUCAGCAAAUGCCUCCUCAUUCGCAACCUCAGGGAGGAAUGCACAAUUCCCUCCAUCCGUCAGCUUACCAUGGAGGAGCCGGUCAAGCCCCCGGGCCACCACCAACCACCUUUGCUCCACCCACGUACUAUCCCUACAGUGCCCUUACUGUAUCGGGAGGCCCCGUAGUAGGCAACCUGGGUCCUCCGGGACCUCCCAAGACGACUCUAGUAGUGCCGACGCUGGGCGGUGCCGGCGGCAGUGGCCACCCACCACCCAACAGCGGCGGAGGCAUGAACGAUGACCGACAGUCUUCAUCCAACGCGGCGCCCAUUGAGCCCAAACCACUCCUGUCGGCUCAGUACGAGGCGCUCAGCGACGAAGACUAGAACACACAAUACACAUACAAUCGCAUUCUCAUUCGUAUCGUUCGUUGCAUAAUGUGAAAAAUGAUAGAACAACAACAACAACACAAGUUGAAUACACACAUUCAGUAUGAAUUAUAUCUCAUGCAAACUUGUAAUUUAUUAUAAAUAUUAAUUAUAAUACAGAUUAUGAUAAUAAAACUAAAGUAUGAAUGAACAAAAUUAUCUAUGAAAAAGGGUAAACAUGUAUUCAAAAAUAAUACAUAAAAUGCUAGAACACUUACACACUGAAUAAAGGCAAAACCAGCUAGAGAGAUAUACAACGAGAAUUAUUAAUAAACAACACAACCCAGAAAGAAAUAAACAGAGGAUAUGACGAAAAGUAACGAUUACUCCAAUACAGUCUAUCCUGUUGUUAGAAAAAUAUCUUAAUCCAGACACAAACUCGCAACCUACAGAGAUAAAGAGAGUUUAAUGCGCUUAACCCUUCUAAAAAGAGACACGUCCCCGUCUAGAUAGAGAGAGCGAGACACCCGUACGAAUUACCACAAACUAGAAGCAUUUUCCCUCUUCUUGAUCCGGGUACGCGGAACUGACGGAGGAUUCCAGAUCUGACGAGACAGUCGUGUGUUACGCGUAAAUGGAAGUUGUCCUGCAUGUGUACUACCCGCGAGCAAGCGAAUCUGUUUUAAUGUGUGUUGCGCAAUUGGACAAAGGAACGCAAAGAAAGCAGAAAGCUUAAUAUGUUUAUAUAGGAGACAACAGAAAGCUUAACCGCACACGAUCACACACAUACAAACAAACCAUUGUGGAAGGGCGCGGAUUUAUUGUACCGAGCUUGUUUAAGGGAAAGCUAGCAACAAACAAAUAAAGUAAAUAAUUAAAACAAAUAAACAAAUAGUUCGUCUAUGCCAACCAAUCCGCGGGAGAGAAUGCAACAAACCAACAAGUAAAAAAAGAACAAUGCUAGGACUGUUUUGAGUUCUCCAUUGUCGAUGUUCUAUGUUUUAUUUUCUGUUUUUCUCUAAGUUCAGAGAAGGGGCGAAAAAAGCUCUGUUUCAAACACGUUUUCUCCAACUCUGUCACCGGUGGAAAACGCAAAAACGUUGUUUGAAAGUCCGGAUAUUAGUGGAAAACAAAAGUGGAAAUAACGCUACAUAUAGGCAAGUAAAGAAACUUUUAGUAAUUAUUGGUUUAAGAUCAGUGCAGAGCAGGCAAAUGAAGAAGCAAGUGAAGCUAAUGUUCCAAUUAAGUCCAAACUGCUGAGAUUACCGCGCUGUACAAUAUAAAUACACAAACAAAAUAAAAUGAAGAAAAAACGCAUACUGCAUCAAGUGAAAAAAAAGAAUAAAAAUCGAGAGAAAAUGGGAGGAAAAAAGUGGUAUGUUACGUUCUCUAUAAAGUAUAAAAAAUGCAUGUAAUUAUAUUAUUGUCAAGUUCAUUAUAGUUCUGAGGAAAAAUUUUAAGUUACUACUUAAAAGAGAAACGGAGAAACAACUAACAAUUCAUUGAUUGCUGAAAAUAUAAAUUUAGUUAGGUAGACCAGAAAGAAAUUAGAUCGUCUUAAGGCAGAGAGAAUCAAUGAUUAAUGAUUAUGUAACAAUUUGUGUUAGGCCUCUUUUUAGUUUGUAAUUAUUUCCUUCUUUUUCUAAAAAAAGUAUAUAUUAACACGAUAUGCAAAAUCUAAGCAUUAAGUGAAUAAAAUAUAAAAUAAUUAAAAUUAA